GAGUCCUACAGCGCGCGGCGCCGUUGGCCCGCCGUACUUCAGUUGUUCGACGUCCGCCCUUCUGCCCCGCGAAGCGACCGCCCGGACGAGGCUGGCAGCCACGACCGCGGACGACCCGACUGGCGGCGCAGCCGCGAGCGGAGCGUCGGCCCGUCGGCGCGACUCCCUGCUCCCCUUGCUCGGCUCAAGCUUCGGCUCCGGCUCGGGUCCGCGUCCAAGUCCUUCGGCGUCGGCGCGGCGCGGCGUCGGCCCGUCGGCAGUGGAGUCUGGUCUGCCGGGCCGGUAGGAUCGAGCGCAGGCAAGGCAACCCCGCGCCGCCCGGGCCCGCAGCUACCCCACGCUCGUGUAGCCUCUCUCCGACGAGAGCUGGCGAGGGGACCACCCCUCCCCGUGCGGCACGCGAGCGCGAGUUCACGCGUGUGUGUGUCCUCAUCACGAGGAAAACGAAACGGCGUCCAAAGACCUUUACGGAAUUUAUUGGGAUUACGUCGCUGGAUCUGCCGCUCCGUGCCUUUGAACGAGAGGUCGCCAUGCACUAGACCAUGGACUCCUCGGACGCGAUGCGUCGCCCCCGCGGCGCCCGGUGCGCCGUGGCCUCGGCCGCGGCGCUGCUCUCGCUGCUGUCGCUGCUCGGCCAGGUAGCCGUCGGCUCAGGCGUGUCGGUGCUGCCGCACGACGCGCAGCCCGGGUACACCGUCAGGCGCUUCACCCCGCCGCCCGUCCACGAGGUGACGCUCCCCGCCGUCCACGACGGCCUCUUCAAAGGGCCCUUCUCCAUGCACCACCCCGGCGCCGUGGUCUCGGCCGGCGCGCCGCGCUCCCGCCACUUCCGGCUCCUGGACACCGGCUUCUCGCAGUACUUCGCCGUGCUCGACAGCGGCGAGCUGAUGACCACGGCCGACCUGUCGCCGCUCAUCAACAGGCCCGUCAACCUGGUGGUCUUGGAGGAGACGGCCAACUCGACGGCCACGCACACGCUGCACCUGUACGUCAUGGACCGCGGGGAGGUGCCGCGCUUCCCCAAGGAGGUGUACGAGGGCGGCAGCAUCCUGGAGAAUCUCCCCGCCGGCGCGCACGUCGAGGGCGUGCCCGCCCUGGUGUCUCACGGCCACGGCGCGGGCGGCGCGCAGCUGCAGUACUCCAUCGUGGACGGCAACAUCGGUGGCGCGUUCGCGCUCGAGCAGGUCUUCGUCGAGGAGGACGAGCACCCUGGCAUCCUGGAGGGCGUGGUCAGCGGCGUGCUCGGGGCGUGGCGACGCGCCAGCAGCACUCCCGUCGGCGUGCGCCUCAUCACCACCAAGCCCCUGGACCGCGAGCAGGUGGCCGCGUACACACUCACGGUGCAGGCGCAGGACGCCGUCGGCGUGUCGCGCGCGCGCACGCAGGUCCGCGUCGCCGUCCUGGACGAGAACGACAACCGCCCCGUGUUCGUGAGCACCGACUACCACUUCUCCGUGUUCGCCGACAACAUGACGAGCCCGCGCGGUCGCUUCCUCACCAUCGGCCAGGUGGCCGCGAGGGACGCCGACGGCGACCACGUGGCGUACUCGCUGUCGCAGCCCUCGGGGCUGGUCGUCGUGGUGCCGCAGACCGGCGAGCUGCUGCUCGUGUCGGACCCGCCGCGCGACGCGGAGGUCGAGUUCUUCGUCGACGCGCACGACGUCCGCCACCCGGACAGCCUGACGGCCGAGCGGCCCGCACGGGUGCGCGUCGACUUCCACUCGGACCGCGCCGUGGACCUGAACAUGGUGGACCUGCCCGCGCCCACGCCGCCGCCGCAGCACCGCGCCGACAAGCUGCGCCGCGCCCAGGGCCGCCCCCGCCACCGCACCAAGCGCCGCACCACCCGCGCCGUCCGCCCCACCAAGAAGAUCGAGUUCGGCGAGUCGGACGGCGAGACGGAGGGCCGCAUCGUGUUCGCCCUGGACCGCGACUCGGACCGCGAGACGUUCAAGAUCCGCGACCCCAACCCGUGGGUGACGGUGGACGCCGACGGCUCGGUGCGCGUCAAGAAGAAGUGGGACUACGAGGAGCUGGCGCCCGAGAAGGUGAUCGACUUCUGGGUCAUCAUCUCGAACCAGGGCGACGCGCCCGAGGAGCGGACGCGUCAGCACGGCCAGCACCACGGCACCCACGGCCACGGCCACCACCAGCAGGCCAACGCGGCCAGGCUGGCCGACCGGGAGAAGAACAGUGAGUACCACUUCAUUUAUUCUCUUUGCCCCGCGCGCCCCAACUUCGCGACCUCUAGGAUCGCCGAACUUGAACUGCUUUCCUCGGAGUCUUUGAAUAACAAACCGUCGUGUUCCAAGUCAUACACCGACAGCCAGCGGGUCAUCAUCCACGUGAAGGACGUGAACGACGAGGCGCCGUACUUCAUCAACCGGCCGCUGCCCAUGCAGGCCGUGGUGCAGCUCAACGCGCCGCCCAACACGCCCGUGUUCACGCUGCAGGCGCGCGACCCGGACACGGACCACAACAUCCACUACUUCAUCGUGCGCGACCGGACCGGCGGCCGGUUCGAGGUGGACGAGCGGUCGGGCGUGGUGCGCACCCGCGGCACGGACCUCUUCCAGCUGGACAUGGAGUACGUGCUGUACGUGCGCGCCGAGGACCAGAACGGCCGCGUGGACGGCCACAAGUUCCAGUCGACGCCCGAGGAGCGCCUGUCCAUCGUGGGCGGCAAGCGCGCGCCGCAGUUCUACAUGCCCUCGUACGAGGCGGAGAUCCCCGAGAACCAGAAGAAGGACUCUGACAUCAUCUCGGUGAAGGCAAAGUCGUUCGCGGACCGGGACAUCCGGUACACGCUCAAGGCGCAGGGUCAGGGCGCCGGCACGUUCAACAUCGGCGCUUCCAACGGCAUCGUCAAGCUGGCCAAGGAGCUGGACUUCGAGGACCUCCGGCAGCCGCACGUCUACUCGCUCAUCGUCACCGCCACCGAGGACUCUGGCGGCUUCUCCACGACCGUCGGGCUCACGAUCCGGGUGACCGACGUCAACGACAACGCCCCCAAGUUCGAGCUGCCGGACUACCAGGCACAUAGCGUGGACGAGGACAUCCCGCUGGGCACCUCCAUCCUCAAGGUCAAGGCCACGGACGCCGAUUCAGGACAGAACGCUGAGCUCGAAUACGAAGUGUCCGAUGAUCACUUCAGCAUUGACGCUGCUGGAGUCGUCAGCAACAACAAGCAGCUUGAUGCCGACAAUAACAAUGCCUAUUAUGAAUUCACAGUCACAGCCAAAGACAAAGGAGAGCCAGCCAAAACUGGAACUGCCACAAUUCGAGUCUACACCAAGAACAAAAACGAUGAAGAACCUAAGUUUUCACAGCAAGUCUACACUCCAAAUGUUGAUGAGAAUGCUGGGCCAAAUACUUUGGUUACUACUGUUGUUGCAUCAGACAAAGACGGAGACAAUGUUCGCUUCGGUUUUGUUGGUGGAGGCACCGUAUCAGGGCAGUUCGUCAUCGAAGAGAUAACAGGUGUAAUUCGUCUUCAUGGACAGAGUAUCAGUCUAGAGCGAGAUAAAUAUGAGUUAAAUGUUACUGCCAUGGAUGACGGCUCGUGCUGUGUUGAUGGAGAUCAAACUAAACACACCUCAACUGCUGUUGUUGUUGUAUUUAUUACUGAUGUCAAUGACAAUAAACCUGUUUUUAAAGACUGUGGUACCUACUACCCAAAAGUAGAGGAAGGUGCUCCAAACAGUACCCCUGUUAUAAAGGUUCAUGCUACUGAUGAUGACAAAGGAGUUAAUGGUCAAGUCAAGUAUUCUAUAGUUCAGCAGCCCAAUCAGAAGGGAACAAAGUUCAUGGUCAAUGAGGAAACUGGUGAAGUGCUAACAAACAAGGUGUUUGAUCGUGAGGGUGAUGAUGGAAAAUUUGUGUCAGUAACAGUAAAGGCAACUGACCAGGGUGACCCUUCAUUGGAAGGUGUUUGCUCUUUCACUGUUGAGAUUUCUGAUGUGAAUGAUAAUCCACCCCUAUUUGACCGACAGAAAUAUGUUGAAAAUGUAAAGCAGGAUGCUAGCAUUGGUACUAAUAUCCUUCGUGUCUCAGCAUCUGAUGAAGAUGCAGAUAACAAUGGUGCUAUAAUUUACACACUGAGCGCUCCUGUCAUGCAAUCAGACAUUGAGUAUUUUGAAAUCCAACCCGAAUCAGGUUGGAUUGUUUUAAAGAAGCCUUUGGACAAAGAGACUUACAAGCUGGAGGCCACUGCAACCGACAAAGGUUAUCCACCUUUGACUCGAACAGUGGAGGUCCAGAUUGAAGUGGUGGAUCGUGCAAACAACCCACCGAUUUGGGACCAUGUUCAAUACGGUCCAGUCUUCAUUAAAGAAAAUACAGCGGUUGGGGCUAAAGUUAUAUCGGUUAAAGCCAGCUCGGGCAUCGAAGGCAAUCCUACCGUCUACUACCGUUUGAUGCCUGGAUCAACUGCUCAAACCAACAAGUUCCACACCUUCUACCUGCAACAACGGGCCGACAAUGGCAACACCUGGGCGGACAUCAAAGUCAACCACCCCCUGGACUACGAAAGCAUAAAGGAAUAUAAUUUGACCAUACGUGUGGAGAACAACGGCGCCCAGCAGCUAGCCUCAGAAGCUACGGUUCACAUUCAGCUCGAAGACGUCAACGACGAGAUUCCCCUCUUCACCGAACGGGAGCAGGAGCUGGUUCUGGAAGGAGAGCCCAUCGGCACGAGAGUCACGCAGAUAAACGCCAUCGACAAGGAUGGAACGUACCCCAACAACCAGGUGUACUAUUACGUGGUCGACUCGCCGCGCAACCUGGGCAAGGACUUCUUCGAGAUCAACAUGCAGACCGGCGAGGUGUUCACCAGGAUCGUGUUCGAUCGAGAAAAGCAAGGCGCCUACGCCCUGGAGGUGGAGGCCCGCGACGGCGCGCCCUCGGCCCGCCCCAACUCCGGCGGACAGCCCAACUCAGGUGAGUCCAAGAGACACCCCCAUGACAGUACACCUUCGCGCGGCACUGACGGCAACGCAGACACCGCAUACAAGUGA